UAGUACUUACCUUAUUCUCGCUCAAAAUCUCAUUUCCAACUGUUACAAAAAACAUCUUGCAACAUCUUCAACUUCCCCAUUUUGAAGCAAUUCCCACCCUCUUUCUCUCUCCUCGAACUUAUAAUCCCAACUUCUCAAUCGAUCAACCUAGGGUUUCUCCGAUUUCCGAUUUCCGAUUUCCGAUUUCAAUGAACUAGGGUUUUCUGAACCAGAACAAGAAUCACAAAAAUGGUGUCAAAUCAACAAGAAAAAAUCAGCAAUUACUUCCUAGAACAAGCGAAACUCAACGCAUCUUCAAGUGGAGAUGAUAUCAAUGAAGAUGAAAACGAACCUCUUCCGAAUGAAUUAAACACCGUUAAUAGUUCCGGCGGAUUCUUAGUAGUAUCAACUGAUAAACUUUCGGUAAAAUACACAAAUGUCAAUUUACACGGUCACGAUGUCGGUGUUAUUCAAGCGAAUCAUCCUGCUCCGGUGAAACGAAUCAUGUAUUACUUCGAGAUGACCGUGAAGAAUGCCGGUACUAAAGGUCAGAUUGCUAUUGGUUUCACUACUGAAAGUUUCAAGAUGCGCCGACAACCAGGGUGGGAAGCAAACAGUUACGGUUAUCAUGGAGAUGAUGGACUGCUCUAUCGUGGUCAUGGAAAAGGAGAAACUUUUGGCCCAACUUUCACUACUGGUGAUGUAGUUGGUGGAGGAAUCAAUUAUGCUUCUGAAGGGGUUUUUUUUACUAAAAAUGGGCACGUUGUGGGAACAGUGUACAAAGAUGUUAAGAGCCAGUUGUUUCCUACAAUAGCUGUUCACAGCCAGAAUGAAGAGGUUACAGUCAACUUUGGAGAGGAAGAGUUUCUCUUUGAUUUAGAGAGUCAUGAAGUAGAAGAAAGGUUGAGGCAGCAAAGCAGGAUCGAAAAGCUGUCUCUGCCGCAGAAUAUUAGUUAUGGCAUUGUACGCUCUUACCUGCUACAUUAUGGCUAUGAAGACACACUUAAUGUGCUCGACGCAGCUACUAGUAAUUCAGUUCCACCGAUCAAUGUAUCUCAGCAAAAUGGAUUCAUUGAGCAAGAUAAGCUGUAUGCACUCAACCAGCGGAAGACCCUUCGUCAGUUGAUCAGGAUGGGACAGAUUGAUGAUGCAUUUGGUAAACUACGUGAUUGGUAUCCUCAGAUUAUUCCGGAUGACAACUCUCCCGUAUGUUUUCUGCUUCAUUCCCAGAAUUUCAUAGAAUUAGUUCGGGUUGGAAAGCUGGAAGAUGCUGUCAAAUACGGAAGGGUAGAGCUGGCCAAAUUUUUUGGGCUGGAAGAAUACAAAGAACUUAUUCGGGAAUGUGUUGCCUUGUUGGCUUAUGAAGAACCGUUGAAGUCCCCUGUUGGACAUCUUCUCGGAGAAUCACAACGAGAAAUUGUUGCUGAUGCAGUGAAUGCAAUGGUCUUAUCAACUAAUUCCGGCUUGAAAGAUCCGCUGAGUUGCUUGCAUUCACAGCUUGAAAAGUUACUAAGGCAGUUAACUGCUUGCGUCUUAGAAAGGCGGUCUUUUAGUGGAGGUCAAGGUGAAACUUUCAAUCUGCAUCAAGCGUUAAGCAAGACUUGCUAUCUCCGACAGAUCUACGUUUGUCCUAGCCUCGGAUAGGGCAGUAAUCCUACACUAGUGGCAAUUCUGUGCUUCCCUCCCUGUAAAUUUGUACCAGAUAAAGCCAACUGAUCUUUAUCUUGGCUGCUGAUAUAGUACAUCUUGUUGAAUUUUACAAUUGAAUGUAGAAGGCAAAUGUGUAAUCAAAGAACAAACUUUUAGUUGGAUUAUAGUAUUUCUAUAUACGAUGGUUUGAAUUCUUUUUCUGUUUUAGAUUCUGGACAUAUUGUAGCUUCUCUUUGUUCUGAUUUGUGAGAGCCCACACAACCAUGAAUAUAUCUUUUAUAUGUA